AUGGCAAAAAUUACACCGAGAUUCCACCCCAAGGUUAGGCGGAUACGAGAUCAACUUCUAGAGCUUACGAAGGAUCUUGACCAACGGUUUGUAUUGUUGGACAGUGUAUUGGAGAAGGUAUCUAAAGAGAUUCCUGAGACUGCUAGCGAUGAACAAGUUAUGGACUUGAUAGCUGAGACUUUGGCUUCCAAAGUGAUUUAUCACUAUGAUUAUACCAAAUUGGCUGGUAGGAUAGAAGCAUUAAGAAUACAAAAAUUGGUUAAUAGAAAGUUCAGUGAUAAUGUCAGGGUCAUAAGAUUCCAUAAAAGGAAUUCUAAACCCAAACCAAUGGUAUCUGAAGCGUUCUAUAAUAUUGUUAUGGAGAAUAAAGACAUUUUGGAUAGUGCAAUUAAGCCAGAAAGAGACUUGGAGUUUACAUAUUUUGGGAUCAAGACUUUAAUGAAGUCAUAUUUACUAUCAAUCGAAGAAAUUUUGGUUGAAACUCCUCAGUUCAUGUUUAUGAGAGUGGCUAUUGGUAUUCAUGGUUCCAAUAUUGAAGAUGCUUUAACCACCUAUGAAUUGAUGUCAAAGAAAUACUUCAUCCAUGCGUCGCCAACUCUUUUCAGUGCUGGAUCCGAAGCGCCCUUUCUAUCAUCUUGCUUUCUUGUUGCUAUGGAAGAUGAUUCCAUUGAUGGAAUAUAUAAAACCUUACACAAGGUAGCGUUGAUUUCCAAAGCUGCCGGUGGAGUUGGGAUACACACUCAUAAUGUUAGAGCUGCCGGGUCUCAUAUAUCCACCACUAGUGGACUUUCCUCCGGUCUUGUUCCCAUGUAUCGAGUGUUUAACAAUACUGCACGUUAUGUGGAUCAAGGAGGCAAUAAAAGACCAGGAGCAUUUGCAAUGUAUUUAGAACCAUGGCAUGCUGAUGUAUUUGAAAUGCUUGAUUUAAGAAAGAAUUACGGUAAAGAAGAAAUGAGAGCAAGAGAUCUCUUUUAUGCUUUAUGGAUACCUGAUUUAUUUAUGAAAAGGGUUAAGGCUGAUGAACAAUGGUCUUUGUUCCUGCCGGACACCGCACCAGGAUUAGAAGAUUGUUAUGGCGAUGAGUUUGAAGAAUUAUAUACCAAAUAUGAAUCGGAAGGUCUUGCAAUUAGAAAGAUAUCUGCUCAUUCAUUAUGGUAUAGUAUUCUUCAGUCUCAAAUAGAAACUGGCGGACCAUUUAUGCUCUAUAAGGAUGCAUGUAACCGUAAGUCCAAUCAGAAGAACUUGGGAACCAUUAAAUCUUCCAAUUUGUGUUGUGAAGUUGUGGAGUAUUCUUCACCUGAAGAAACAGCUGUUUGCAAUUUGGCAUCGAUUGCCUUACCGUCAUUUUUAACCAAUUAUGGUGAAGAUGAAAUUACGUUCAAUUUUGAAAAAUUACAUCAAGUGACUAAAGUGGUGACCAAUAACCUUAAUCGAGUUAUAGACGUGACAUUGUACCCUGUGGAAUCGGCAAGGUAUUCAAAUUUGAAGAAUAGACCAAUUGCCAUUGGAGUCCAGGGUUUAGCUGAUGUUUUCAUGGAGUUGAGGAUCUCAUUUGAUUCACUUGCGGCCAAAGAAUUGAAUAUUAAAAUCUUUGAAACCAUAUAUCAUGCCGCAGUAGAGACGUCGAUCGAGUUAGCUGAGAAAUAUGGAGCUUACGAAUCCUUUGCUGGAUCACCAACCUCAAAUGGUUUAUUACAGUUUGAUUUAUGGAAUCAUAAACCUUCUGAUUUCUAUCAAGAUUGGGAUGAGCUUAAGAUCAAAGUGCAAAAGGGUAUAAGAAACUCACUUUUAGUAGCUCCAAUGCCUACGGCUACUACAUCCCAGAUUUUAGGGUUUAAUGAGUGUUUUGAACCGAUUACAUCCAACAUUUAUAAUAGAAGAGUUCUAGCAGGAGAGUUCCAAGUGGUUAACAAAUACUUACUACAAGAUUUGGUUGAUUUAGGGCUUUGGAAUCCCCAAAUGAGAAACGCCAUCAUCAAGAACGAAGGAUCAGUGCAGAGUAUACCUUCCAUACCGCAGGAGAUUAAAGCUCUAUAUAAGACAGCUUGGGAAAUAACUCAAAGGAAAGUAGUGGAUAUGGCUGCUGAUAGAGCCAAGUUUAUUGACCAAUCCCAAAGCUUGAACAUUUAUAUGUGUAAUCCUACUAUGGGGAAACUAACCAGUUGUCAUUUCUAUUCGUGGUCCAAAGGAUUGAAGACUGGAAUGUACUAUCUUCGAACACAAGCCGCAUCUCAACCAAUUAAGUUUACUGUUGAUAUGACACUGGUGGACGAAGAUGAAGACAGAAACAAGGACAAAGACGACAGUAUCGAUGUUAAACCCAGACAGUUAAAACGAAGAAGGUAUCUGGUUGGAGGAGAAACACCCAAAGGUAGUAAUGGCAUGGUAACUCCUGUUUUAACUGAAGGUGAAGAUAAACCUGCUGAUAUUUAUGACCAGACUCCCGUGUCAUGUUCCAUUUCCAAAGGUGGAGAAUGCCAUGCGUGUUCAGCUUAA